UUUUUCUACUCUAGCUUUGAAUCGCGGUUCCUGUUCCACGUUACUUCCCUAGCUGGGCAUGAACGGAGCGGGAGAGCCGGAUCCGGGCGGCGGGGGCUACAAGAGGCGUUAUAGAGCCUUAAAAAGGAGACUCAAAUUCCUGAUUUAUGAGCAAGAAUGUUUCCAAGAAGAACUGAGAAAAGCACAAAGAAAACUCUUGAAAAUUUCACGGGAUAAAAGUUUCCUGCUUGAUCGCCUGCUCCAGUACGAGAAUGUGGAUGAAGACUCCUCAGAUUCGGAAGCAACAGCCUCCUCAGACAACAGUGAUGGAGAGAUGCCGAAAGGGACGGAGCCUCAGUCCCUCAAGAGAAAACACAGCCCCCAGCUUGGCAGUGCCUCAUCACCAUCUUCCUCAGGUCUUUCUCUGCAGCCAACAUCUGGUUUUGGACUUCCAGCUUCAGGGACAUCAUCGCCCUACUUAGCCUCACUGAAUUCACCCACUUAUGCUCCCUUCCCCUCUGACUACUUGGCACUGGGGCCCGAACCUGUUGCCCCCCAGCCUGACAGCAACGCCACUCGCUCUGCCCGGCGGCCAGCAAGGCCCCACAUGCUCAAGCUCCCGCUGCCCCCAGCCUCCCACUCAGACUGUUCCUCCGUCGUGGUGGGGUUACCUUUUCCUUCACCCAGAGGGACUCCCAAGCUGCCACCCCCUACAAUCCUCAGCACGGUGCCCCACCAGAUGUUCAGUGAUGCAGGAGAGGGAAGCGGCGAAGACCCCCUGGAUGGUGACGAUGAGCUGGUCAUUGACAUCCCUGAGUGACGGUGGCAAAGCAGGCGCGUAAAUUUGAAAGGACACAGGCCUCUCAGUUGUGUGUGAGGGGGAUGGUUCCCCUCCCUUUUAUUAUUUCUUUGUUUACAGACUCAGGAGGGGGGAAAAACAUGCAAAACAGUCAAUAAAGGGGAUUUUGUUUUUGUAUUAAAAGCAUCCGGUUGCAAUUUUCACCCUCUGUGUUCCUUUCCUUUGCUGAAAUCCUUGGGCUACUAACAGUUUGGCGAGACGUUCCCUGACCCUGUUGUGUGACUUGCCGUCAUUUUACACACUGGUAAAGAAAAAAAUCUGCUUGAAAUAUAAUUAACAUCCGUUGACGAGGUAGAGCAAAAUUUCUCUUUUGCUGCAAAAGAAAACAAAGUUCUCAAGAAUUCAAGGGAUUCUUUAAAAAAAAAAAGUGCUUCAGAUCUACAGGCGGUCCUCGACUUAACAACCAUUUGUUUAGUGACCAUUCAAA